CGGCGGGCGGAGCGGGGCGCGGCCGCCGGGCGCCGCCGGGGGGAUGCGGCUGCCUCCCCGGGCCGGGGUGUAGAGGGCGGGUCCCGGCCUCGGGAGCGCGGCGGUGGAGGGGACGGAGGCGGCGGCCAUGGCGACCCCCGGCAACCUGGGGUCCUCUGUGCUGGCGAGCAAGACCAAGACCAAGAAGAAGCACUUCGUAGCGCAGAAAGUGAAGCUGUUUCGGGCCAGCGACCCGCUGCUCAGCGUCCUGAUGUGGGGGGUAAACCACUCGAUCAAUGAACUGAGCCAUGUUCAAAUCCCUGUUAUGUUGAUGCCAGAUGACUUCAAAGCCUAUUCAAAAAUUAAGGUGGAUAAUCACCUUUUUAACAAAGAAAACAUGCCGAGCCACUUCAAGUUCAAGGAAUACUGCCCGAUGGUUUUCCGUAAUCUGCGGGAGAGGUUCGGAAUCGAUGAUCAAGAUUUCCAGAAUUCUCUGACCAGGAGCGCGCCCCUUCCCAAUGACUCCCAGGCUCGCAGCGGAGCACGUUUUCACACCUCCUACGACAAAAGAUACGUCAUCAAGACCAUUACCAGCGAAGACGUGGCCGAAAUGCACAACAUCCUGAAGAAAUACCACCAGUACAUAGUGGAAUGUCAUGGGGUCACCCUUCUUCCCCAAUUCUUGGGCAUGUACCGGCUUAAUGUCGACGGAGUUGAAAUAUAUGUGAUUGUUACAAGAAAUGUGUUCAGCCACCGUUUAUCUGUAUAUAGGAAAUAUGACUUAAAGGGCUCUACAGUGGCUAGAGAAGCUAGUGACAAAGAAAAGGCCAAAGAACUGCCAACUUUAAAGGAUAAUGACUUCAUUAAUAAGGGCCAAAAGAUUUAUAUUGAUGAUAACAACAAAAAGGUGUUCUUGGAAAAGCUCAAAAAGGAUGUUGAGUUUCUUGCCCAGCUAAAGCUCAUGGACUACAGCCUGCUGGUGGGGAUCCACGACGUGGAGCGGGCCGAGCAGGAGGAGGUGGAGUGCGAGGACAACGAGGGGGAGGAGGAGGGGGAGAGCGACGGCGCCCACCCGGUCGGGACCCCUCCGGACAGCCCCGGGAACACGCUGAACAGCUCGCCGCCCCUGGCUCCCGGGGAGUUCGACCCCAACAUCGACGUCUACGGAAUCAAGUGCCAUGAAAACUCUCCCAGGAAGGAGGUGUACUUCAUGGCCAUUAUUGACAUCCUUACUCAUUAUGAUGCAAAAAAGAAAGCUGCCCACGCUGCAAAAACUGUUAAACAUGGCGCCGGUGCGGAGAUCUCGACCGUGAACCCAGAGCAGUAUUCAAAGCGCUUUUUGGACUUUAUCGGCCACAUCUUGACGUAACCUCCCGCGUAGCCUCGGACGGAUGUGAGCAUGGGACGGACAGAGGUGGCUUCGGUGUAGGAAAAACAAAAACCAAACUCAGUGAAGCACUCAUGUUGCAGGACGCAAACUUCCUUGUUUACAUCUGCAGGCCAAGAUGACGGGUCUGGGGGCUACUCGCUUUACAGCUACCCGAUACUUCCCAGCAUCGUUCUAGCUAUUUCUGACUGUGUGUGUGUGUGUGCGCGCACGCGUGUGUGUGCAUCUUAAAGUAAUUAAAACCGAUCAGCUUCGGUCAGAAUGCGUUACAACAAAAACCCUCUGAUUCCAGCUGUGGCUGAAUGGAUGAGACGAAUGAUGGAAUGAAUGAAUGAAUGAAUGAAUGAAUGCACCAUUUGUGUGGGGAGGGAGAGAAGGAAAUGCGUGUCAGAGCAACACUGUUGGCAUCACGGAUAAACUGUGGAUCAGUUUAUUUUUUUGAGUUGGAAAGAUGUGUGAGACAGUAUUCAUAAUAAUAAUGAAGAUAAUAACAUGAUGAUGAUAAUAAUGAUGAUGAUUAAAAGAAAACUGCGAAUGUUACACUUCCACCCUCGCGCAGACACUCCUUAACAGUUGUAACCCGAGCCCCGGCACUGGACGGAAGAAUGCUGGCGUCUCCGCAUGUACUGGCUCAGGGCUCUGCCCCUGACAGUGUCCCUUCCUCCACCAAGAAGCUGAUGUCCCAGUGACUCUGUCUAUUCAUCCUCACCUCAGUACAUACGUCCGGGAAAACUGCUUACUUCUCUUUUCUUGCCCGGAGCCUCUUCAUCGUUACACCCUUAAGUUGCAGUAUAGGAAUUAAUGCUACAAAGUCAAAAUAACGCUUACCUGAAAAGCGCAUAGUUUGGGGCAAUGGUAUCUGCAUCUCCCACCAAGGGGGGGGGGGGGAUGAGCAAAGUGUUCAAACUCUCAAUUCUCCUGUUACCGAACUCAGAUCUGAAUUAUAAGAUGUUUAUGUUCGACCAUCGUUAACGGUGGGAUUUUGUUAUGAAUUAUCCCUUUAACUGAAACCCUCAGUUUUACUGUUUACAUUAUUAGGAAAACAGGGAUAUUUUUGAAUCUAAAAAUCUAAUGUACAGCAUGUGAUUUUUGAAGUUUACAUGUAAAGUCAUUUUACAAUGUAGGUGAAACAAUGUUUGUCAUAUUUUGAGAUGUACACUGCAGUCAUGUUUUUGAGUGAAUGUUUUAGUCAAAGUACAUGGUAGACAGUCUUUUACAAUAAAAGGAAAAGGAUUGUUUUGUUUCCUCCAGAUGUACAUUUAUCGACCUAAUGAUUUUUUAAAAAGAGAUUUAAACCCAAAUCUGGUUAUGUAAGUUCAUUGCCCUAAACUGUGCUGAUUGUUUUUAAUCAAAGUAUAGAUUUCCAACCUAGAUCAUGUAUCUACCAACUUUCCCGCAUUUUCCAAAAGGCGUCAAGCUAAACUAUUAGACUUGCUUAGAGUAGGUUUAUCAACUUAUAUGCUGUGCAAAAGCUGUGCCUUUGAAAUUCUUUAAGAUGUGAGAUGAUUUUUGUAAGCAGUUUCAGAAAAGGGAAAAAAAAAAAUCCACCCUUUAAUUAUUACUUACAGCUCAACAAAUCCCCCUGCCAUACUGCCUUUUCCAGAAACUUCACUUCAGGCUGUCCAGAUUGCAGUUGUGCCCAGUGUAUGUGGACUUACUCACAGAAUCUUUGGGAGCCAGCAGCAACACCAUCCCUCCUAUCUACUGACUUUCCCGUAGAUUUGUUAUCCUCAACCGGUGAUGUUCCCACCACUGUAACAUAAUUGUACAAAUUCAUAUUUUAUGUAUUUAAAUUAAUGGAUACUGUGAUUUGGUUCCUGCCCCUCCCCCUCCACCAUUAAUCCUGGCAUCGAAUCAGUUUUAGUGUCCUGAAGUUCUGUGGUUUCUUUGACCCAAGACUACAAACAUAAGACCCUGAUAUAAGGAUAAGGUACACAUACAUUAUUUGAGUAACUGUUUCCUUUGUGGCCAAUUCGUAUAUGCUUUUAGAAGUUUACAAAAUGCUUUUAUUUUUGUCUGUAACAGUCUCUGUCAUCUGUUUCUGUUGAUAAACUAUUUGGACAGAAUGAGGAAGUUUGCCUUGUAUCUCCCAGUGCUAACAAUACACUCCAGUCAUGAGCCGGGCUUUACGAAAUAAAGCACUUUGAUGACUCACAA